AUGGCGCAAGAGGGUUAUAACUAUCCAACACCUUCAAGACCCUUACCAGAAGGACCACAGCGGCCAGGAGAACAAGGCAGGCCAGGGGGACCUAGACGGCCACCUGGCCAAGCGGGAGCACCAGACGGAGGAUAUCCCAGUGGAGCAACUAGACCUGGACAGCAAGAUCAAUCUGGUUAUCCUGGAAGGGGCAGACCAUCGGGUCCCGAAUUUACUCCACGACCUCAAGAUAACAAAAUAUCUAAAAAACAACCGGUAGGGACAGGGAUCAGUAAAGCUAUCAUUGAAGUGCAGCGUUAUAUUGAAGAUGAUAUCUUAAAUAAAGACGAAGAUUCCCUUCUUUGGUGGAAAACCAAUCGACAUAAUUAUCCCACUUUAAGUUCACUUGCGCAAGAGGGUUAUAACUAUCCAACACCUUCAAGACCCUUACCAGAAGGACCACAGCGGCCAGGAGAACAAGGCAGGCCAGGGGGACCUAGACGGCCACCUGGCCAAGCGGGAGCACCAGACGGAGGAUAUCCCAGUGGGGCAACUAGACCUGGACAGCAAGAUCAAUCUGGUUAUCCUGGAAGGGGCAGACCAUCGGGUCCCGAAUUUACUCCACGACCUCAAGUUCUCUUCACACUAUUAGGAACCUUAUCUGCGCAAGAGGGUUAUAACUAUCCAACACCUUCAAGACCCUUACCAGAAGGACCACAGCGGCCAGGAGAACAAGGCAGGCCAGGGGGACCUAGACGGCCACCUGGCCAAGCGGGAGCACCAGACGGAGGAUAUCCCAGUGGAGCAACUAGACCUGGACAGCAAGAUCAAUCCGGUUAUCCUGGAAGGGGCAGACCAUCGGGUCCCGAAUUUACUCCACGACCUCAAGGACCUGGUGAUAGAUAUCUUGAACCGGAAGCACCUAGUGGUGGAUACCCUAGUGGACCUCAAAGACCUGGUUCAGUUCCUGGAAAACAAAAUGGAUAUGCCAGCAGACCCAGUGCUACACAGGGUUAUCCCAGUCAACAAGGAGGUGAUCAAGGCUACCCUAGUCAACCAGGAAGUGAACAAGGAUAUCCAAGUCAACAAACAGGGGGCCAAGGUUACCCAAGUGCACCAGGUCGCGAUCAAGGAUAUCCAAGCCAACCAGGACGGGAUCAAGGAUACCCAAGUCAACAAGGAGGUAGUCAAGGUUAUCCAAGUGCAGCAGGCCGCGAUCAGGGAUACCCAAGCCCGUCAGGACGUGACCAAGGUAAACCAAGUCAACCAGGUACAAAUCAAGGAUAUCCAAGUACACCAGGACGUGAUCAAGGAUACCCAAGCUCUUCUGGCCGAGAUCAGGGUUAUCCAACACAAGAGGGAAAAAAUAAAGGUUAUCCAAGUCAACAAGGAGGAACUGGAGGUUAUCCCAGCCAACAAGGCUAUCCCAGCCAAACAGGAGGUCAAGGUUAUCCAACUCCACAGGGUGGCGAUCAAGGCUAUCCCAGCUCACAAGGCGGUUUUCCGAAUCGAGGAGAUGGUGGACAGAGAUUUCCUGGUGAACAAGGAAGUGGUCAAAAAUAUCCAGGUAGCGUCCCAAGCAGUCAAGGAACGCCAAGUUCUCAAGGUUUUCCUGGUCAGCAACAAGGGUUUCCUGGGCAGGGAGGUCAGUUUUCAGAGAGUGAAAGAGGGCAGCAAGGACAAAGCGGAUUCCCAGGUCAAGAAGAGGCUGGCUUUUCUGGACAGGGUGAUCAGGGACAAUUUGAAGAAGGAGAUUACUCCGCAAUACCUGGAGAACCUGAUAAAGAUUAUCCAAUAUUUUCUGAAAUUCCCCAAACCUCAUUCAGCUGUGACCAACAACAAUAUCCUGGAUAUUAUGCCGACGUUGAAGCAAGAUGUCAAGUAUUUCAUAUCUGUGCCAAUAAUAAAACUUAUGACUUUUUAUGUCCUAACGGGACAAUAUUCCACCAAGAAUAUUUGGUUUGUGUUUGGUGGAAUCUUUUUGAUUGCGAUUCUGCGCCAUCACUGUAUGACAAAAACGCAAAUAUUUACGAUUACUCAAUGAUAGGCACAGGAGGUCGUCCAGGUGCAACAUUUGGAGGUGAAUACCAACCGCAAGGUGGAGAGCAAGGAUAUUCCGGUCAGCAAGGAAACACUGGAUACGAACAAGGACCUGGAGACUAUUCUGGGGGACCUACGCAGCAAGGAUAUCCUUCUGGAAGACCUCAAGAAGCUAGUCAAAGACCCGGUAGCAAUGAGCGACCUCAAAGUUCACCUGGAUUACAAGGGUCACAGCCAGGAUAUCAAAACGGCGGAUAUCCAAGUGGAAAGCCUCAAAGACCUGGAUAUCCUGCAUUUGAACAACCCGGCGAGCAAGAAAGUUCUACGGGAUAUCCAAGUGGAAGACCGCAGCAACAAGGAGGUGGUUAUCCUGGAAGACAACCUCAGGGCGGUCAAGAUCAAUUUGGUUAUCCUGGAAGAGAGCCUCAAGGAGGACAAGAUCAAUUCGGAGGACGUCCAGGGCAAUCGCCGCAAGGUCCAAAUGGUAGACCAGGCUUCACUCCUAGACCUAGUGGACAAGAGCCGAGUGGUGGAAAUACGGGAUAUCCUAGCUUAGAACCAGGUUAUCCAACGACCACACCAACCUCUGGUUCAACACAAGAAGGAGGCGGAUAUCCAAGUGGUAGGCCUAGUACAGGUUUUCCCGGAGCAAGGCCUCAAGAACCAAUGAGAGGUUAUUUACCUCCAUACCAAUAA